AUGGCGGGAAUGGUCGGCGUUCGCGCCAUCCGUUCCCGACUCCUCCCUCCCCGUAUAUUUACAAGGCGCGCUCUGCUUCCUCUUCUUCCCGCACUUCAUCUCCACCCCCGCCGCCUCCCGCCAAGAACCCUCGUCACAGCCGCAGCGAUGGCCUCCACCACCGGCUCCACCGCGGCCGCCGCCGACCUCGUCCAGGAUGAUCGCCGCAACGCUUCCUCCUCCCCGCUGCUGCUCAAGGUGAAGCGGCUGUCCCCCAACGCUGUCCUCCCGUCCCGCAGCUCCGCGCACGCCGCCGGGUACGAUCUCUCCAGCGCGGUGGAGGCCGUGAUCCCGGCCCGCGGCAGGGCCCUGGUCACUACCGACCUCUCUGUCGCCGUCCCAGAGGGCACCUACGCGCGCAUCGCGCCGCGGUCGGGCCUGGCGUGGAAGCACGGCAUCGACGUGGGCGCGGGCGUGGUGGACGCCGACUACCGGGGCCCCGUGGGGGUGCUUCUAUUCAACCACUCCGACGCCGACUUCGUCGUGCGGCCAGGGGACCGCGUCGCGCAGAUGGUUGUUGAGAGGGUCGCUGCGCCGGAGGUGGCUGAGGUGGACGACCUUGACGCCACCGUAAGGGGUGAGGGUGGGUUCGGGUCCACCGGCGACUGA